AGCAAUGGACGCCAAAUGUGGCUGUAGCCAAGAUACGCACGGCCAUCUCGUGUACGUCCAACGAUUUGCGUGAAAUGGAAUUUCUAUUGCCGCAAACGGGUGUAAAUAAUAUAGCAGCAGCCGCAGCGACAACAACAACAGCUACAGCGAUAGCAAGAAAUGCCGUAAAAAUGGCAACUACAAUGCCACUAAGUGCCAACAACAGCAACAACACAAACAACAACAAUAAUAACAAUAACAGUCAUCACAACAACAACGAUAACGGUGGAAAUAGCAAUAAAAUUUUGCGAAUGACUGCGGACAAGCAGCGCAACAAUGGUCCAAGUAGUGGCCUGAGUGUGGCACGUCAAGCGCGCAACUCUGUAGCCGCACAGCCACAGGCGCCGCCAACGGCCAAACAACCGAAAAUAAACGCCAACGAAUCGCUGGAGUUGGCACUAAAACCGCCCAAUUUGGCCAUUUACCGACACUCGGCGUUUGUGCGUACGAAAAUCAAUGGCGACGGCAGCAUCAGCGGCGAUGGCCUCACCUCCAACGUCGGCGCUGGCAAUUGCGGCAACACGCCGUAUCGCAAUAAAAUGUCGAAGAAACAAUUAAAGUUGGCUCAGGCGCAGCUGGACAAAUUGAAUCAGAUCAAUUUACAUCAACAUGCUCUGUUUUCGGCAGUCGAACAUGGACAUCUCGACAAGGCGCGCACCAUUCUGGAAUCAACCGAUGUGGAUGUCAAUAGCAUAAAUAGUGAUGGCCUGUCAGCAUUGGAUGUUGCUGUCCUCAGCAACAAUCGCUCGAUGACCAAAAUGUUGCUGCAACAUGGCGCAAUCGAGGGCACACAAUUUUCCUCAGAUACCAUCGGAAACAAAUUGAAUGGUCUGCUCAAAGAUGCUGAGUCUCGUAUACAGGACUUGAGCGGCACAUCGGAUGGUGGGCUUUGUCAGCCCACAUUUGCAUCACGACCGUCCAUAUCCAGUAUUAUUAUUGGCAACACUGGCUCCUCCGUGACCGGCUGCACAGGCAACGAAAUCGAAAAGCAAAUCGGCAAUUGGGAGCGACGCGUGAAGGGCUUGCGACGCCUGCUGCUCGGCUGGGAUCAGACGCGCCCACCGGAUGCGCCCGCCUCGGUGGCGGUGGAUGUGACGGGCGACAACUCGAUAGCGCUGCAAAUACUCGAGCCGUACGAAGGUGCAAUUGCCACGAAAUUCAAAGUGCAAUGGUCGACUCGUGCGGAUUUCAGCAACAUUGUGGGCGAACGCGAAAUGGUCGACUGGACGAGUUUCCACGGCAAUAUGGGCACACAGUUGCAGAUUGGCGGCUUGACGCAAGGACGCCGCUACUUCAUACGCGCUGCUUGUGGCAAUGUCAAGGGUUGGGGCGCGUACAAAACGUCCGUGCCUGCAAGCGUCGUGCCAUCAAGUUGGCGCGAUUUCAAUAAUCGCGAAGAUCGUUAUGUGGGACGUCAGCGUGUUUUGGACAAUCUUUUUACGGCAGUACGUUUGGCGCGGCCGGCGGAUGUAUCGGAGUUGACAUUGGACGUCGGUGCGGCACAGCGACGCAAUCCAAAAAAGAAGACUACGAUAAAGCAACUAUUUUCGGUGGCAUCGAAAUUUCAAAAGCACUUAAGACGCGGCGUCUACUUGGCUAGUGUCGUUUAUUGUGAGGACAAAGUGCUGGUGACUAGUGAAGAUUUCUUGCCCGUUAUCGAGAUAGAUGAGACAUAUCCGAGCAGCUUAUACAGUGAUUACCAUUGGCUUAUGAAGGUUGCCUGCACCUGGGACGAUGUGAAGUCGUUACGCACGGAUAUGGAGCGUAAUUUAACAUCCGCCGUACAUUUUCGCACCAAACUCCUGUCCGCAGUUUGUCAAAUGCAAUCGACAUUGGGUCUCAAUGACUUGGGACAGCUUUUCUACAAACCACUACGUGAUUCUCAUGGCACAGUUGUCCUGACCUGCAUACAGUCUGUGAAGAGCCAGAAAACCGUAUCCAUACUCAACUCGCGGUGGUUGCCACUGAAUAAAUUGCAAAAGAAGAUAGUCGCAUUGUUGGAGGACUACAACAUCAGUGAGAUGUUAAUAUCCUCCAUCAGCGAGCAAAUACACUACCAUCAAGCAUCUACGCAACGUCUAAGUCCAGGUUUAUAUUUGGGCUAUCUGAAAAUGCAGUGCUCUAUGGACCAGAUACAAGUGGUGGUGCCCGUGAAGACACCCAAUGUGCUGCCGCAUUACAAGGUGCGUGACAACAGUCACAUCACUGCCGAUGAAUGGCAAAUACUGAAGCGUAAAAAGUCCACGAGUUCCAACAGUCGCAGCAAUAGUCCCUUGAAUAUGGCGCUGGAAUUCAAUACAAGUACUGAAGAGACCACCGAAGGCCAACGUUUAUUCCUCUACGACCUCACUAAUGCCGCGCAUAAGCUAUUCACCUAUAUGAAUAUAAAGCCGGAGGAUGCCAAGACGCAUCGUCUGUAUGACAUCGAAGUCAUUGAGCACAGCAAAGAUAUUAGCUUUCUAGUGAUCUGUCCCGCCGUCGAGCUGGCUUGUGCCGUGCCUGGACAGUCAGAGUUGCUGUUACAACGUGACGAUCUCGCCAGUCUGAGCAUACAGGCCUUCGAGAUGAUACACCUGCGCACUUACCAACCUGGCAUCAUACAAAAAUAUGCACGCCUCUCUUGCAUACUGGAAUUAGAUACAGCAUUGGCCACACAUUCGCAACGUGAAGCCUUCUCCACAAGCGAACUGCAAACGGCCAAGGAACGUUUGGCGAAAUUGCAAGAGCUAUCAGCGAACUUGAAUGCCGUGUGGAAGAGUGUGCGUUGGUUGAUGGACGUGAUUGCAUUUGCACGCGAUAAAAACGCACAAUCCUCAGAGAUCAUGAAAGACAUACUUGCCUAUGACAAUGGUCGCGAUAAGUGCAGGGAGGGACGUGCAGUGGAUAAGCAGCUGCUACAACCACCAACACGCGAUGCCAAAUACACAAAAAGUUCCGGACGUGGCAGCUGGCCAGGGCCGGGCGCCAAUUCGCAGGGUUCCAGCAGUAACUGCUUAGCAGCCGAACAUUCUAAGUCCGAACAGAAUCUGGGACGUAGUGCUAUAACGCCCACCUCCUGUGCAAGCCUAAUACCGCCGCAACAGUCUGCCACCAAAUCGCAAAGCAGUAGCGAUUCACGUAAAACUGUCAGUUCCACCGGUACGCAACAAUUGUUGCAAGUCAGUAUGGGCGGCUACACGAGCUCUGACGUUUCGUUGCGCAAAAAUAGCGGUGACUCAAUGACCUCGUCGCAAUACACAACGCGCAGCUACUAUUCGGGGGCGGAAUCGGCGCUAGGUAGUAACAACGAACUCGGACAGAUCUUUGCAAUACCACCCUCACGUUCCGAUGACACACUAGCACUGGGCAGUUUGGAUGGAACAAAACACACACAUUCCGCAGUCACGCAUCGCAAACGUACCAGUUCCAACAUUACACAACAUGUAACGACGCCAGCAUCCUUGGCCACCGCAACACAUUGUUCCAGUUCAGCGCCUUAUUUGCCCACCGGCUCGAAUCUCUCACUGAAAACCGCUUCCAGCUCUGACUAUGACAUCAAAACGUCCAAGCUCAGCAGCCAAUCGGCCGUCGAACAUUCCAUUGGUGGCAAAGUGAAGGCUGCCUCAAGCGCAAAUCUACGAGAUGGCGCUCUCUACUUAAAAACAACGCAUACUGCGCUGCCCAGCGGUGUAAAGCCUAUCAGCAGUGAGGAAGCCUCCACCGCGGCUGCGUUAGCAACUACUGCAAAAACUGCCUCCAUAAAAAGUCUCUCGCGACACAGUAGCGAAGAGGACACUGCGAGUGGUUCCAGUCACACCUCUGAACAAGCAACCAAUGCCGCCGCACUGAGCAGCGCGCCCAGCUCAGGUAUCAUACAAGUCUACACUGCAUACAAUACAGGUCUGGCGUCCGGUACUAGCCUCAAAUUGCACGUAACGCCGAAAACAACUGCGCGUGAAGUGAUCAAUUUGGUAGUGAAACAACUAAAUAUGGCGGCAGUGCUGAAGGGCAACAACGGACCCAUCUAUACGGCGGAUAUGCUGGAGAACUUCUGCUUGGUGGCCGUGAUAGGCGCACGUGAGCGUUGCUUGCGUGAUGACUUUAAGCCAUUGCAAUUGCAAAACCCCUGGCGCAAGGGUAGACUCUACGUCCGACAAAAACACGAACUGCUGGCGGCCAUUGAACAUGCAAAUCGCAAAUCUCAUCUGAUUUGAGUGAUGCGUGAGAAGUUACGGGCAUGAGAGAAGCCAAUUAAUAUAUAAAAGAACUAUGCGUUGCUGCUGCCGUGUGGUGAAAGUAGGAACGUUCAAAACUAGUGAAUUGUUGUUGGUAAAGUUCCACACUUUGUUUUUUUCCAACACACUACCUGAUCCAACAAGCUUGUUAGUUGUAGGUAUAUAAAUGAGCUAUUUACAUAAGUAUGUAAAAGUUGGCAGGUGCAUAGUAAAGACUAGUCCUUAGCUAAUCAUGACUCCGGAAUGUAAGAGCGAUGUAUUUGUAUUAAUAUUUAGAUGUAUACAAUACUGGUAUAAUUUGUACUGUUGUCAUCUCUGAAUAACUGUACAUACGCUGUUGAUCAAGAACCAAGUUUAGAUUAGCCGAAGCAAGAAUCUAUUUUAAAUUGAUAUUUUUUUAUUGUUUUUUUCCAAUUAAAAGUAACUUAAAAUAUUUUUGGAUUAUUUUGUUGCUUUCUGUUCCGAAACGGUUCUAAUUUAAACUCAAAACUGCAAGUUUUUUGCGUUUCGAUCAUAGAAACACUUCUUGUCUAUAAUUUUUUCCGAAAAUUGUUUGUAAAAAUUUUAUUUUUUCUUAUUAUUGCUAAUUCUUGCGACAUCAAUUGGCGCAAACACUUUUCGAAAUAUUUUUAAUUAUAAUUACUUUAUUCAUUACCUUCAAGUAAUCAUCAUUUAUAAAUACAAAGACCAGAUAUUUAGGAUCCCUCAAUCAAGUAUAUAUUGUUUGUUUUGUAUUAGCACAACUACAUUUCAAAACAUAGAAUCAAAACAACAAAAAUGGCUAUUUUUUUAGUCCGUUUAAAACCCAGAUUUUUUUUUUAUAUAUUUCCAGUCGAUCUUUUUGAGUCCUUCGAAACUCAGACCUUUAUUUUUCUUCAAUAAAUCUGCUGGAAAUGCAUAAAUAACCCAUUCGAUACGGCUUAUUCAUAAUAUAGUCAUGUUGAAUUAUGAAUUUAAAAUAAUUGUCUUAUGAUACAGUUUUCUUCAUAUACAUAAAUACAUGUACAUAGGUACAUAUAUGAAUGUCAAACAGCGUUCGGCAAACUCAUUUAUUAAAUACAUUCCAAUCCACCAGCAAACUUUAAGUGCAUUAUGACACAAUCCAUUCCCAAAUUAGACUGAUUCACCAUAGUAUAUAUAAUUAUAUAUAUAUUUAUAUAAAUAUAUAUAUGUACAUUUGCAAAACCUUUUUUAUUCAUAUACACGCGUAUUAUCCUGAUAAGUUACACUGUAAUCCAUGACAACAAAAGUAAAAUAUGAGAAUUCGUAAUCGCGCGAAUGAAAAAAAAGAAAGCUUACAGAGUGUUCCACUGAUUUUGAAUUCAAAGCACUGGGCAUAAACCAAACCGCUUAAGUUAAAGCAAAAACAUUUUAUUAAAAAUAUAUAUUAAAUUAUGGCAAAAGCUUAUGCAUAAAUAUUUAUGUGUAUAUACACAUACAUGUACAUACUAUAUAUAUGUAACUAAGUAUGAUUUAGACUGGCGAAGGAACGUACAUAUAUGAAUUUUAAAGUGUACACGAGUGCGCAAUGCAUAUGUAACUAACUGCAGAUACAUAUGUAUAUAUGUAUAUAUGUAUGUAUAAAUAUAAGCAUAUUAAGUCCGCAUACGUUUAGCGUAGACGCAGAAAUGAUACUAUUGUAAUAAGCAAGUUCUGGUAAUUCCGAACUGUAACGAAACACACCAAUAUCACAAAUCGUAGAUUUAAGCCAUACAUAUGUACAUAAGUAUACGUGUACGCAUGUAACUAUACAACUGAAUAUUAGGCUAACGAAACUAUAUGGUAUUUUUAGCGUAGUUUUUAAAGAAAUGCAUUCAAAAUCAUUAGAAAACAUACAAUUUAUGAAGUGUCUGUAUAAUUGUAUGUGUGUUGAUAUACUAUUUUUGUGUACUUGUUGUUUUUAUGUAUCAAAUAUUAUCAUAUAUUCAUAAUGUAUGCUCAUAGGGUAUGUAUUUAACAUGCACACAUAUGUUUGUGUAUGUGUGUAUAUAUAUUUUUAGCACGAAAAAUUUUAAAUUUAUAAAUGUUUUGCAAUGUGAAAAAGUGCAAAUGCUUUAACUACAUACCUAUAAGUGUAUGUAUGUAUAUACAUAUAUGUAUGUACAUGCAAUGAUGUGCACUAGUAUUAGUUUUAUAAUAUGUGUGUGAGUUAUUUUUUAAUAAUCAUACGUAGUGAUUGAAGUGGAAAAACAAAAGUAUUUGUUGUUUUUGCAAUAGCAUUAAAUGUUUAGAAAUGUGCUCAAAACUGAAAAAACUCAGCUAAAUGUUAAGCAAAAGUUGAAUUUUUUUAUGUAUUUGAUGUAUGUAAGUUACAUCGCAUAAUGAAUUAUAUAGUUUAUUGAAGCAUAUUUGCAGCAUUUAGUUUUUAUAUAAAAUAUUAAUGUUUUGCAAUGCGAAAAAAAUAAAAUGUAAAGAAAUUGUUAUUUUUCGCUGACUUAGAAAGCUUAUGAAGUCUUGUUGUUAGUCGUAAUUAAAGUGCUUAUAAGAAUUGUAUUUUAUAGAUAAAUAAAGCAACAAAAUAUAUAUCAAAUUACA